AUGAGCACUGCCUUCAGAAAAAUAAAACUAAUAUUUAAGAAAAGUGAUAGUCAAUAUCCGCAAAACUAUCGAGCGGAAAUUAAAUCAAGAAAUAAGAAUACAGUAAUAACAAGGCACGAUCUACUAAUUGCACACGAAAUGAAACAAAGGGCGUCGCUAGAGAGGAGCAAUUCGAUUAGGAAUCUUCAGUCACAAGGUAAAAGGAGAUCAGAUUCAAAAGAAUCUCGAAAAUUGUAA